CGCCGCCCCGCACCGCUAGAGCCGCCGCGGCCAUGGGCUCCCACCUGCCGCCGCAGCAGCGUCCGGAGCCGCCGCUGGUGCUGCAGCUGGCGGCUGGGGCUCUGCAGGCACAGAACUUGGAGCUGUCGGGCGGCGGCCUGGGGCCCGAGUGGCAGGUGCUGCUGGGGCGCGCCGACGCGCUGGCGUUCGGUGGGCGCCUGCACGAAGCGCUGCCGCUGUACCAGCUGGCGUCCCGGCACCAGCAGCUGCGCGCCGAGCAGCUGGAGAAGCUGGUGGAGUGCCUGGCGCAGAGCGUCCGGAUCAAAGAGGGGCUGCCAGCCGCCGGGAGCGGCCCCCCGCAGCCCCGCGAGUGGGACGUCUUCAGGUGCCGCAAAUGCCAGGGCUUCCUCUUCGAGCCCGUUUCCUUGCCUUGCGGACACACGUUCUGCAAAAAGUGCCUGGAGAGGGACCGAGCGGCAGAGUCCCGCUGCGUCCUGUGCAAGGAGGAGGAGGGCGGCGCGGCGCCCGGGCAGCUCCCGCGGGUCAAUGUCAUCCUCAGCAACCUGCUGGCCAAGUGGUUUCCCUGCCAAGUGAAGGCUUCGCAGCUCAGGCACGAAGGGAACCUCCUCUACAAGGAGAAGAAGCUGCAAGCAGCCCUGCAGAAGUACAACGAAGCGGUCAGCUUAGCUCCAAAUGACCACUUGCUCUACAGCAACCGGUCCCAGAUUAACUCGACUUUGAAAGCUUGUGAAAAUGCGCUUCAUGAUGCAGAAACAGCGUGCAGACUCCAGCCAUACUGGUUGAAAGGUCACCUAAGGAAAGGACAAGCACUAGCUAAUCUAGGGAAAACAGAAGAAGCUUUAAGAGAGUUUCUGUUCUGCCUUGCUCUAGAUACUGGGAACAAGACUGCCAAGUCUGAGGCACAAAAGCUUCUACUUAGUUUGUUUUCACUCAUCCCGGGAAAUGCUCAGGAACACUUACCCGAUAUCCUGCAGCUGUUGUCACAUCACUCUAGAUUAAAGGGGAAUCUCCUAAAUUCAGUGGGAUCUGGAGGCACCAGCCAUAACCUACAGAGGUUGCUCAAGGUAAAUGUGGAACAGAAAAAAGGUUUUUCCAUUCAAGAGGAACCAAACGUAACUACUUCUGGUAGUUUGAGGAAAUCUAUACAAAUUACAGAGAGCAAAAAGGACUGCUCGCAGGAGGAGAACAAACUCACCUCCAUGCCGGAAUCUACCUUCCUCAUUUCUGACAAGUGCAGCCUCUUGAAAAGGAAGUGCUGCUCGGAGGAGAUGCGAAAUGCUGAGCUCCCCUGCAAAGUGAUGAAGAAAGAUACAGUUGAUACUAAGGGAAACGGUGCUGGACAACAUACUCCAUUUGAAUUUGUGGAUCCAUCAGAUUUGGACUGCUCCCUAUGUAUGAGGCUCUUCUAUGAACCUGUCACUACACCUUGUGGACACACCUUCUGUCUCAAAUGUCUUGAGAGAUGCCUAGAUCACAACCCAAAAUGUCCCCUGUGCAAGGAAGGGCUCUCGGAGUGCUUGGCUAUGAGGAAAUACUGUAAAACAGUAUUAAUGGAGGAGUUAAUAGCUAGAUACCUUCCAGAGGAACUCACUGAAAGAAGAAAGAUUUAUGAAGAGGAAAUAGCAGAGCUUUCCAACCUAAACAAGAAUGUUCCCAUAUUUGUCUGCACAAUGGCUUAUCCCACAGUCCCAUGCCCUUUGCACAUCUUUGAGCCAUGUUAUCGCCUGAUGAUUCGAAGGUGCAUGGAGACUGGCACCAAACAGUUUGGAAUGUGCAUCAGUGACCCUGUAAAAGGGUUUGCAGAUUAUGGCUGCAUUCUGGAGAUAAGAAAUGUGGAAUUCUUUGCUGAUGGUCGCUCUGUUGUAGACAGCAUCGGCAAAAGAAGAUUUAAAGUGAUACAGCACAGCCAGCGUGAUGGCUAUAACACAGCUGAUAUUGAGUACAUUGAGGAUCAAAAGGUGCAAGGACAAGAGUAUGCUGCAUUACUUGUUCUCCAUGAUUCUGUCUAUGAUCAGGCAUAUCUGUGGUUUAACUCCCUCAAGCAAGCACUCAAAAGUCGAAUUCUCAGUCAUUUUGGUCCAAUGCCAGCUAAGGAUCCUGACCCACAGGCUAAUCCUAACGGGCCAGCAUGGUGCUGGUGGGUCCUAGCUGUCCUUCCACUCGAGAACAGAGCUCAGCUUCCUUUCCUUGCCAUGAAAUCCCUCAAAGACCGCUUGAAUGGCAUCAGACGUGUCCUUACAUUCAUGUCUCGUACAAGAUCACGGUGAUGGUGAGAAGGAGAGCUGUGAAGUCUCCCACAGUACUUGACUGUAGACUGUCUCUUGUAACUUCAUCUAACUGCAAUAAUGUCUUACAGAUUUGAGUGUCAGGAUGUUUCAAGCUUCAGUGUGAAAGAAAAUGAGUUAUAAAGAGCAAGGGAUGUUUAUGGAUACUUCAGUAGUUUCCAUUUGGAACUCUGAGAUGAUUACUCAAUCACUGCACUGCUAAAUUAAUAACAAAUGUGAUAGAACAAAAAGUGAUCUUGUUUGCCAUAAACCUUUUAAAAAGCUUAAGAGGUUUUUAUUUAUUAUUUUUUUUAGUGGAUAAAGGAUAAACUGCAGUUUAAUGUGAAGCAGAAAUAAUAAUGUUAAUGCAUUAUUUCAGUGAACUGCAAAGUCUUUUAUUCCAAAUGGUUCAGGUUUUAUAUAACAUUGUAUAAAAUAAUGUUCACAACUUCCGUUUGAUAAUUUAUUUUUGCAAUAUGAUUUUUUGUUUCAAAAUGUAUAUUAUUUAUGUGUUCAUUCUCUAAAGGAAAGUGAGCUGCUCUAUUUAUUUAUAGUGUUUUUACCCUGUAUUUAUGACUGGGGCAAAAUGUUGAUUCUAGCAGUAUACAAGCAACUGCUUUGAUAAUUUUUCAGAUAUUUGUGUUCAAAUAAUGAAUGUUUUUCUACUUACCCCCAGUUCUACUGUAGCUUAAGAAGGAUUUUUUUCCCCUUGAAACAGCCUGCCAUAAAGUCUUUGAAUACACAGAUUAUGUCUGAGAUAUUUCAGGCACAGUUGUUGGAUCUUGAUCCUACGCUUGCCACUGGGUUCCUGGUAUCACAAAACAGUCAAGCACAUGCUUAACCUUAAGCAUGAGUAUUGAAGUGCUUGAGAAUAUUCAAGUCUUGAUGUCAGUGGGGAUUUGCUGUAGUGGUGACAGAAGGAUCUAUCCCUGAGUUUUCACAGAACAGAGAAUAACUUGGAGUUAACUUUAUGUCUGAACUCUCUUGAAGAAUGGAUAAUGGCUACAAUCAGCUGUGAAGAAAGAGCCACAAUAUAUGGGGAGUGGCUUCUCCUAAAGAAAACUGGAAGUUAUUGGUAUCAUUUCAUCGUAGGCUACUACAUAAUUUUUUUUAAUUUUAUUUUUUAAUUUUUAAUUUUUUUUUUAACUCUUGUUGCUGUUAACAUCAGUUUUAUUUCUCAUAAUUGUUUGGUGGGAUUUGGCUUUGGAGUGUGUAUAUGUGGCGGGUGGGGGGAGUUAUUUUGAACUGUAGGACUCAGAGGGCAGAUUUUUGUCACAUGAGAAGGAUUAUGUUGUAAUAAAUGCUAUUUAUUUCACCCCAA